UUUCUUAUAAUCAUCUCUUAUACUUCUUGGUCUUUGGUCUUAACAACAAAACAUUCCUUCAUAAAUUUUCUUCAUUUUCUCUACUACCAUAACAACAACUAUUAUCCUCUAGUUUCCUUAUACCCAAACAACACCUAACCACCAACUUUGGUCUUCAUCAAGAUUUCAUAAAAAAAACUCUUAAUACUAGUUGAAAAUAUCUUGUUGAUUUUUCAAAAAAAAAAAAUGGAGUCAUCAAUGAGUAAUGGUGCUUACCAUGAUCAACAACUUCUUUCAAAGAUAGCAACCAACAACGGUCACGGCGAAGAUGUGGAGUACUUUGAUGGAUGGAAGGCUUAUGAUAAUGAUCCUUAUCACAUUACCAAGAAUCCUAAUGGUGUUAUUCAAAUGGGACUUGCAGAAAACCAGCUUAGCUUUGAUUUGAUCAAGGAAUGGAUGGUGCAAAAUCCACAAGCGUCUAUUUGUACCAAUGAAGGCGUCGAUAAGUUCACUGAUAUUGCUAAUUUUCAAGAUUACCAUGGCUUGCCUGAGUUCCGACAUGCUGUCGCAAAAUAUAUGGGGAAAAUGAGAGGUGAUAGCGUUAGCUUCGACCCGGAACGAAUAGUAAUGAGUGGAGGAGCAACCGGAGCGAAUGAAACACUCAUAUUCUGCUUGGCAGAUCCAGGAGAUGCUUUUUUGGUCCCCUCUCCUUAUUAUCCAGCAUUUAAUCGUGAUUUAGGGUGGAGAACUGGUGUGAAACUAAUUCCAAUUACUUGUGAAAGUUGGAAUGAUUUCAAAAUCACUAAAGAAGCCUUAACCUCAGCUUACGAAGAUGCACAAAACAAGAAUAUUAAGAUUAAGGGAAUAAUCAUCACAAACCCUUCUAAUCCUUUGGGAAUUGUCCAAGAUAAAGACACCUUAACAAUGUUGGUGAACUUUGUUAAUGACAAAAGAAUUCAUCUAGUAUGUGAUGAGAUAUAUGCAGGAACUGUCUUCACCUUGCCAAAGUUCACUAGUGUUGCUGAAGUUGUAAAAGACAUGUCCAACAUUAACCUUGACCUAAUUCACAUCAUCUAUAGCUUGUCUAAGGACAUGGGCAUGCCAGGGUUUCGAGUUGGGAUUGUGUACUCUUACAAUGAUCGAGUAGUUACUACUGCUCGUAGGAUGUCGAGUUUCGGCCUCGUUUCCUCGCAAACGCAACACAUGCUAGCAGCCAUGCUAUCUGACGAUGCUUUCGUUGCACAGUUCCUAGAUACAAAUAAACAGAGACUAUCGCGCAGGCAUCAACACUUCACAAGCGAGUUAGCCCAAGUAGGAAUCAAGUGCCUAAAGAGCAAUGCAGGGCUCUUUGUAUGGAUGGAUUUACGACACCUAUUGGAGGAAGCGACGAUGGAGACCGAGUUGAAGUUAUGGAGAGUAAUCAUUAACGAUGUGAAAAUCAAUGUAUCACCAGGCUCAUCUUUCCAUUGCUCCGAACCAGGGUGGUUUAGGGUUUGUUUCGCUAACAUGGAUGACGAUACUGUAGAAGUUGCCCUACAAAGGAUUAGAACCUUUGUAAGCCAUGGAAAAAUGGAGGAAAGACCAAAACAUACGCUAAAAAAGCGAAAGGAGCAAAUGAAACUUGGUCGUCUUAGCUUUAACAACCGAAGAUUUGAGGAGAGUCUCAUGUCACCACACAACAACUUAGUGUCACCUCAUUCUCCUAUUCCUCAGUCUCCACUCGUUAAGGCAAGAACUUAAAACGUAUAGUUUGUGUGGAUUUAUCAUAAGAAUAUAUAUAUAUAAUUAACGGUCCCAGUCGUGGGUCUGCCUCUGAUAUCAUUCAAAGGACCAACUCAACCAACAGCUUAAGCUGAUGGAUGGUUGAGGUCCCAUGAAUAGAUGUAAACUCUAUCAUAUACAAGUAACGUAUGUAUAGUGUAGUUUGUGUGGAUCUAUCAUUUGUUUGAUCAAUAACUUAGAAGUUAGUUAAGAUUUUUUUAAGGUGAAAUUUUAAUGAUUUUUGUAGCUUUUCUGAUCACCCAGAUUAGCUACUAUUGAGAUUGUUGUAAGCUUAUUAUAGGUUGAAGAUAGUAGUAUUCUAAGGGGUCAACGAUCUAAUUCCGAGGGUUUUUUUCCCCUAGACAAUAUGUUUAGGGUUGAAAUGUUAUAUGUAUUAUAUGGAGUACUCCAUAAGUGUUUACUUGUUCAUGUAGUACCUAUAUAUUUUUAGGGUGCUAAUGAUUGAAUAAGUUAUUGACCCCUCAAUCGAGUUUUAUUACUAUUUUAUUAAAUAAUGAACACAUAUUU